CAUUAUCAUCUUUUUUUUUCACAGUCUCGUUUAUACCUUAUUUUCCCCUUGCAGAGUGUGCUUCGCAGUACAUGUUGCAAUAUCAACUAAUUUCUGUCUUUUGGCAGAAAAUAAUGGACUCUAAAUCAAAAAGGAAAAGAGUGAAGAAAUGCUUGAAAUUCAAAUUAAAUGUUGAAACGAGGAGAAACUUAAAUUUCGUACUUCUGUGUCCACAGAGCGCUAUUUUAAUUGCUUGAUUCUAUCUUUUCCUCUCAGAAAUCUCCUUGGUCGCUCUGGUUUAUUGAACUUAUUGAGCACAUUUUAAAUCCCACGUGAUAGAUAUCAUGUAUAGUAAGGGUCACUUCAUAAAAAGUGAUUACUUUGUACCAGAUUUCUUCAUAAAUGAAUUUCCUCUUCAAUAGACCAUACAUUUCCCUUCACAGGUGAAGUUUGGUCUCGUGAAAAGCCUUCCCCAGCAAAAUUCUCUAGCGACGGAGGAAUCACAGCAAAAAUAACACUUCCAAAUUUUAUGGGACAUGCAAGGUAUGUUGAGCAAGUUAUAGUUCUCCCCUUCAACAAAUAUACGAAAUCUAGGAUACUUUCUAAAUACCAGGAAAGCUUUUUAAGGCUGGUUCUCAAUUGUGUUUAAUCUCCAAUAGCGUUAGUCGAUGAACCCCAAUCAUGAAGAAAAAAUUCUUGAACACUAAGUAUAAGCCCUGUUAUCAUAACUUUUGGAUGCCGCAGUUACAGUAGUUCACAUAAUUUUAAAGACUUGUGAGAAUGCUCUCUUUAUAAUCUUCUUGAUAACCUCUAACUGAUUUUGUAUUAUGUUCCGCAGUUAAUAGCCUCUUAGUUCGUGUUUGUCUCUUUCCGUGUUUUUAAAAAUUAGAAUAUUCUUUACAUCAAUUGUAUGCGUAAUUUCGGGUUUUCAGUGAAACCAAUUUUUGAGACCUUGUUAAUACGACAGCUUAAAAAAAGAAUCUUGGUCUUACAGUUUUUUCCAGAUCAUCGUCAUUACAUAUCGCUCAGACUACAAUGGUGUCGUAAACCCACCAGCAGAUUUUACAACACAAGAGCUGAUGACUUAUGAAGAAGCUCACAAAUCUCCAUUACCUGCAGCUUAUGUCACUUUCCAGUUUGGAGGAAAUGAUUUUAACAAUCACCAAGAAUUUACCGUAGGAGAUGGAGUCCAAUCAAACAGUAAAAUAAGGAGCAAGAGAAGUAAUGGUGAAGAGUAUUAUUACAACAGACCAUUGCACCCAAAUAAGAACUACAGAGCGUUUCUCAGAGCUUUUGUCACAGAGGUAUUUUGAUCAACUGAUUUGUCUCCACCUAAAAUUAUGCAACAUUAUAAUACAAAAGAUGAACGGCGUAUUUUUUACCUUAAGGCCCAAUAUAUUUUGAAUGUAGUCGUUACUUCUCGCUGCUUCCACUCCAAAUUACGUCUUUGUCAUGCCCCCCCCCCCCCCCCCCCCCCCCCACCCCCACCCCCACCCCCCCCCCCACCCACGUUUUCAAGUUUCCAAUUCCCUAGGUUGUAAAUUGUGAACUACUAGGUUCGUUAUUAUGGAAGACAUCUUUUAAAAUAAAGUGCUUUUCGAUCGAAUGUCGUAAAGCCAAAUCCAUAGCAAUCACAACGGCCGAUCAGAAGAGAGAAAAAAAGCUCGAAAGUCAAGAGAAUUCAAAGUUAAUCCAACCUGCCUGCAGCUCGGGAAAACAUUAGCGGCCAAGUUGAUUGCUUUUAGUUUUACAUCUGAUUGGUCGAGAGAGUGGGGCGAGUUUUCCGGACCGUUCAGAGAGCGAUGUAAAAGAAAAAAAAAGGCAAUCCCGCACUAUUUUCUACUCUUCAAAUUGCUUAUAUCAGGUCAUUGAUGUAGACUGUAUAGAGGGGAAGUACUACAGCAAAGUACGACAUGAUGUCGUAUUGUGCAUGGGCUGCUUUCAUUAAUACAUCAUAUUAAUUUACUAGUCACAAAGAACAUACGAUGGGUUUAUCUUCAGAAAAAGAGUUGUCCUUAAUUUUUUUGUACUUGUUUGAAUCCAUUUUGCUCAAGGAAUUUCGCUUAUGACGUUUUUAUGGGCUGUCUUUGCAGACGCUGUAUACCUCAAGCAGUUUCAUAGCGCUGAAAACUAAAGGUACCGUACGAUUUUGCAUUUAUUUUAGUGGUUCUGUGGCUUUCUCUAUUCAUGAUGUUUAACAGUUUUGUAAGUAAAGGAAAUCAGGCAUGAUGAUAGAUUUAUAGAAUAAGAGAGAUGGUGUUUUUAGCUCGGUAAAGAAUAGAGAAAGAUGUUUUUUCGUCUUGUCACGAACGUGGGACUAAGAAAAUAUUCUGAGUCCCCUUGAGCAAUCUAUUCCUCAUGGGGACUCAGAAUUUUCAAUGAUAAGUUAAGUAGUUGUCAGAGUAUAGCUUGUUUUAGGUGUUUUGAAUUGAAAACGGAAUGUCUUGUAAUAUAAUCAUGGCAGAUAAGCCCGUGGUCAAGGAACUACCAGAAAAGACAACUAUAAUUGUUGGUGAAAAGGCAGAGUUGAUAUGUGAGGCCAGCGGAGAUCCACAACCUUCUGUUACGUGGAGUAAAGAUGGAGAUACCAGUAUACCACGGGCUAACUUUAACAAUGAUGGCAAGGUACUUGUUAUCAGAGACGUGAUACCUCGUGAUAGCGGUGUCUAUGAAUGUACAGCAUCGAACAGUUUUGGAGUGAGCCAUUCAGCUACAACUUUGAUCGUGACUUGUAAGUUGGAAAUCAGUACUUUUUUUGUUCCUCAUGUAGCGAAGUCUUUACCUAUCAAGUACUUUGGUACAUCAAAUAGCCAACGUGGCGCUAUAUGAAUUUGCUGUUCAAAUAUUGGUUUUUUUCCUUGUUGAAUUAGUGGUCCAUCGCAAGUCAUCCCACUGUUACCCGUUGCUCGCGUGAGGUAAAACGGCAAGAUGGUAACCACCCCCCUUCUCUCUUCUUUUUUCUUUAUUUAAAUUUUUGGAACAUUAUAUGUCUCGUUUGUUAUUUACUUGUGUGCACCUUAAUUCGAGAUAAACAAAAAGACUUGUUUUGUUGCAUGCUGUUCAUAUCAUACGGCUUACUUCAAGUGUAGUUUGUUCGAACCUGUUAAUUGAUAACAAUUUCCUUUUUAUUCUUUGAAUUAGAUAAACGAAGCAACUUCCCUGUUGCUGUUAUCGUUGUGCUUUGUGUUUUUUGUGUGUUGUUGGCUGUCAUUGGCGUACUGGUAUACAAGUGGAAGUAUAGAAGAGCUAGAAUCGAACUAAAUGACAAAACAAACGAUCUGAACAGACUCGUCUAUGAUGUCAUGGGUCCUCUCGACUCUUCGUAUGAGCAACUUGCGUCUUCCCCAGGACCUUGUCUUCAACUCCACUCGAUGUCUUCCGAAGACCAAUCGCCUGCAUAUCUUGAACUUCAAGGUUUGAAGUUUGAAAAUAGAGCAUUUGAUAGCCAAAGUGUGAGCUUUGAGAAAGAAACUGAAGAGAGAGAAGGAGAAGACAGGGAAGAAAUUGUUAAUGACACAGGAAAUAGAGUGUGUUGAUUUGGUUCUAUUCUUCUCACUGCUCUUUUCAAUUGAAGAUAGAAUCCCCUCGGAACAUAGAUAUUUCUGGCCUAUGAUCGCAGAGUCACAAUUGAACAGUAGACUUGGUACAGCCGCCUAUUCUCAUAUAGAAAAUCGUGACAUAUAGUAGCGCUGUUGUGGCCUUCAGAUGAGUAAAGAUAAAAUUUGAAGAGGCUGUUCUUCUGCUAUACAGUAAAAGAAUUUAUAUUACUCUUGUGCCCUAAAUUGAAUAUUCAGUUCGAUCUUUGUAGAUCACAGUCAUGUAGUACUUACAUAGAAUUAGCAGAACACUUCUAAAUCAAGGAGACUAUUUUAAGAACCUAUCAUCAUGUUCUUCAUAUCUAUGUGGUAAAUGAUCAGAGAAAACUUAAUUUUAACUAGACCCUGUGAGCAGGGUAACUGGGAUACCUGAUGGUACUGGAUCCUCGGGAUCAAGUGUAGUGAUACUACCGGGUGUCGGAAUAGUAUACUGAAAUAGUAAGCUCAAAAAAGGUUGUCAUCAGGUGAUAGGUGAUAGGUCAUUCCAAGACGGAAAGGGAUCUUGGGUAUACAACUCAGUAAAUAGUUCUUGCUGAGUGUUGUACAUUUAACGCUUUAACUAGAUAACAGUUUUUCUGUAUAGUAUUUUUAUAAACAGAGCAAAUAUAAUGUGAACCUUCCCACUAGUGACUGAAUAAGAAAAUCUAUGUCAUUCAUUUCUUCAAAUAUAUCAAGUGUGCCAUUAGGAUUGAAUCAUAUAAUAUAGUACUUAACACUUUUU